AUGAUGGUUCACACUCCGGCUCCAUGGAUCAUAUGGUACAUUUGGAAAGCUCGAAACGACAAAGCCUUCAACGGCAAGGACACAUCCCCACUGGAGACUCUACAGCUCGCCCAAUCCGAAGCUGAAACUUGGCGCCUGGCUCAAAUAGUAGACAAGCCCCAUGACGACGAUGACGCCGCUGAGACUUCUCCCCCUGAUGCUGUUCCUCCACCCCACGGGCCGGUGUGCUCGAUAGACGCCUCCUGGCACAAAGACGAUCACCUCUUCGGUGGAGGAAUGGUCCUGAAGACAGAGGAUGGGGUAACAACUUAUGGUUCAUUCUCUAGUAACCGAGUCUUAAACCCCCUACACGCGGAGUUCCAAACCCUGAUGUGGGCCAUGAAAUCCUCUAUCCAGCUAGACCAUAUAGCGAUGACAUUCGAGACGGACUGCCUCCAACUGGUCCAUCUCAUCGAAGAAGACUAA